AUGGAACCCGUGUUAAGUGACUACGAACAGCGUAUCCGAGACCUGGAGAGCACCAAUCGGGCGCUAAGGGACAAGCUGUCGGAACAUGAUAAAUUGCGCAAAGUCUACAUCGAGGACCUGAACGGUAUGAAGGGUUCACUGGGGAAUCUGCAGGACUUGCUCAUGAAGUGCCGGGCCGACAUUAUGUGCCACGAGAUGCUAAUGGACGCACAAGGAGAGGAUGGCACCGUACAGCCAGGAGGUAGUAGUAGUCCGGAAGUGGUGUCGCUUCAGGCUCAGCUGGAGAUUUGCAAAAGUGAUUUGGCCGAGCAGCGGGCCGCGUAUCAGGAGCUGUUGAUUGAGAAAAAUCGCAUCACGUCCGAGCUGCAGCUUCUGCUGCAAAAGAACCAUCAGCUCUCUGUACACAACGCUCAAACGAUCCGAGCGCAGCCAUCACAGAACACGGUGCGGCCUAGACCGAUGGACGGGAACAGCAAGCUGUACGGGACGUCGCCGGCCGGGUUCGAGCGCCACAUUGAACCUUGCCCGCACUGCAAUAAUGUUUUCGGUGAUUUCAUGACGCUCGAAACGCACAUUAAAGAUUGUCCCGGGCUUGAUUACUGA